CAUCCGGUGUUGUGUCACUUACAUACAAAAGAAAGGUCAAACCUCCACUUCUCUUUUCUAUUGAAUUUACUUCCGAGUUGCCGGCGUGUGACCAAACCCGUCAAGUGUUUAAUAAAACUUUGGAUCGAAAGCGCGCAUGGUCAAUUCGUAUAUUCUCCCAUCAAUUCAAGUCACCCCACUACUAAGCAGAUAAAACGACGUGCUACAAAUCUCCUCAUUCGAGCUCGGCGUUCCUUACAUAUUUGAAGCCAUCUGCCGUCAACAACCUGGUCGCCAAGAAAAACCCCAAACCUACCUGUAGCUUCAGCUAUCCACCCCUACAGAACCAGAACUCCGACGAUUUCACCACUACUACCGCAUCGACGGUGUUAUCUUAGUAAUUGCUUGGAUGAAGAAGAUCGAAAGCUUCAACAUAUUCAUUCAUCUUAAGAGGAAAAUCAACAACCCACCAUGAAAGGAUCUACACCUGCAUUAUUUGUCUGCGCCUUCGCAACCUGGGCUCUCGCAGCACCAGUAGCUACAGUUCAGAAGACCCCAAAUAUUGCCGAAUCAAACCACACGCAGCAAACAACAAAACAGACAGAUUUUCUAUCGAGAACAGCCCUCUUCCUUUCCACCCUUACACCCUCGCGAAUAUCAAUUGAGAAGCACAACAACGUCGUCGUCGCAGAAGAUGGCCAACGCGUCCAAUUGCCAGAAAAUCUUGCCGGGGCAAAAUCCUGGGAGACUCCCCACGUUCUCGCAUUUCUUACAUCAUUAGCCCGCCCGAAGAAGCAAUCGCCAUUCCCCGAGUCAAGCAUCAUAAGAGAGGAGACUCGCGGAAACAUGAUGGAUGCCGAGCCGCAGGAAACCAUCGUGGAGCUUGAAACCAAAGCGGAGCGUGAGUCGUGGACGUAUCUUCCCUAUGUGUCGCAAGAUAAAGUCUUGCGUUUCCGUUGCGUGCGUAAGGCCGCAGACACAAUGAUGAUUGCGCUCCCCGUCGCCGCCACUGCCAUGAUCCUUAUGGCUAUCCUUUCUAGGGCGCUUCGACGCAGGGUUUGCGUCCUCCGGACGUUGAAGACGUUGAAGAAGGGGGAAAUCCAUCUCGACGAUAAAGAAAUGGCAUUCCCUAAUCAAUCUUCAAGACAAAAACACAUGCCAGCUACAUAUACGUCAGUCUACUCCGACGACGGAGUCAAGUCGUAACACUGCCGAUAAUAAAAAUCAAGAGAUACGAGGGCCACGGGGUGUUACUUUUUAUUUUAUUUUAUGAUACCAUAACCAGGUCUUGGCGUUUAGGAAUCUGAGCUGGCAUGCUCUAGGGUAUUGAGACUUGUUUCAUUAAGGAAACCG